AUGGCUUUUAUGAACUAUGGGGAGAAGUGGCAAUUGUGCAGAAAAAUCACCCAACAAAUGUUCCGUCAGGGAUCGAUGGACAACUUCAACUGGGUGAUUAAGCGCAAGGUUCACCAAGCACUGGGCGGACUGCUUAGCAAUCCCGACGAUUUCGCUUACCACAACAAAAUGUUAGCUAUUGCCAUUCCAAUGGCCUCAAUGUAUGGGUACGACGUGCAGUCACCUCAGGAUCCUUGCAUCAUUGCGGCGGACAAGAGCCUCAACCUUAGUAUUCAACUGAUAGCGCCUGGGGGGAGUCUCAUCAAUAUUCUCCCAAUUUUAAAGCAUGUUCCUGCAUGGUUCCCUGGAGCAUCAUCUCGUAAGGCUGCGGAAAGAGUUAGGAAAUUAACCGAAGACAUGCAGCAGAUUCCCUUGGACUUUGUCAAAUCACAAAUGUCAAAAGGUACUGCUGCACCGUCGUUUGUCGCUGAGUUUCUCGAAAGAAAACAGACGGUGGGUGUUUCGGAGGCAGAGGAGGCGGCUGUACUUAGUAUUGCACCAACGGUCUAUGCGGGUGGCUCUGAUACGACUGUAUCCGCCCUUGGGACCUUCAUUUAUCUCAUGGCCGUAAAUCCUGACGUCCAAAAGAAAGCACAAGCUGAAAUCAACUCAAUUAUUGGCUCCAAACGUCUGCCAGAAUUUGAGGAUCGUCCCAUGAUGCCCUAUUCCGAGGCUAUUUAUCGUGAAGUCCUUCGUUGGAGAUCUCCUGGCCCGGUGGGGCUUCCUCAUACAGCAGCUGAGGACGAUAUAUACGACGACACUCACAUAAAGCGUCGACUCGGCAGGGCAAUGACACAUGACGAGUCGAUUUACUCACAGCCUGAUAUCUUUAGGCCAGAACGAUUCUUCAAUGCCGAUGGAACUCUGAACGACGAUGAUCGUGUCUUGACUUAUGGAUUUGGCAGACGUGUCUGCGUCGGAAAGCACAUGGCAAGCAAUAUUCUAUGGAUGACUAUGGUUUCUAUUCUGGCGACCUUCAAUAUUGAGAAAGCUCGCGACGAAGCAGGAAAUGAGAUAGAAAUUACUGACGAAUAUGUUGACUUUGGCUUCCUCACGUUUAAGAAGCCAUUCAAAUGCUCGAUUACUCCUCGGAGUGUCACCGCCCAGCAACUUGUCGAACAAGCAUGCGCAAAUGCGUAA